GACCCACUCUCUCUUUUCUCAAAACGGAGUGAAGCGACCACACCACAUCUUUGAUUUAUGUCAUAUGGCAGCCAGCGACAGUCAUCACCGCGCCACCUGAGCUCUGCAACUUACUUUGAAGGCGAACUUUUUUUUCUCUUCUUCCUCUUCUUGCUGCUGAAGUUUUCUCCCAGCCAGAUCUCUGUCAAGAGCUCAAGAAGCGGGCUGCAUUCCAAUUCAUUAAAGCUCACACUGUAGACGGAGAAGAGUGUCUUUCUGUGCUUGGCUCGCUCCCCAUUUCACCCCAUCCACCUCGCCUGAGUUUUAGAGGAUCAUCACCAUCACUAUCUCCAGGAUGAGGCGUGUAUCUCUGUGCUGGCUGAGGGGUGUGUCCCUGCUUCUGCUGCUCCAGACGGCCACCUCCAUGGUGAUGCUUCCAAACUCCACAGGCUGGGGGCAGAUUCUGGACAAGUAUCUGGAUGAGGAGGGGGACUGGUGGGAGGCCAAACAGAGGGGGAAGAGAGCCAUAACCGACAGUGAUGCUCAGCUCAUCUUGGACCUUCACAACAAGCUCAGAGGCCAGGUUUACCCUCCAGCUUCCAACAUGGAGCACAUGGUAUGGGACACAGAGUUGGAGCGUACAGCGGAGGAGUGGGCAGAGACCUGUCUGUGGGAGCAUGGUCCUGCCGGUUUACUGCCACAGAUUGGACAGAACCUGGGAGCACACUGGGGAAGGUAUCGUCCACCCACAUUCCAUGUGCAGGCCUGGUAUGAUGAAGUGAAAGACUACACCUUCCCUUACCCUCAGGAGUGUAACCCCUAUUGCCCCUUCAGAUGCUCCGGCCCAGUUUGUACUCAUUAUACACAGCUGGUGUGGGCCACCAGCAGUCGGAUCGGCUGCGCCAUCAACAUGUGUUACAAUAUGAAUGUGUGGGGACAGAUUUGGGCCAAAGCCGUCUAUCUUGUGUGCAACUAUUCACCAAAGGGAAACUGGUGGGGGCAUUCGCCUUACAAACAUGGGACCCCAUGCUCUGCCUGUCCUCCCAGCUAUGGAGGAGGCUGCAAAGACAACCUCUGCUACAAAGAUGACAGCUCCAACCCUCCUCAAGAGGAAACGGAAGAAAACAACUUCAUUGAGCCGGAGGCCCCCCGCGCUCCACAGAAGCCCCGGGCCAGGGCCCCCAAGCCCGAGCCCCCCAGCCCCCCCCCCCCAGCCCCCACCAAGCCCCCCACAGAGGACCUGCACAAGAAUGAAGUGGUCAACACACAGCAGAUGUCUCAGCUUGUGACCUGUGACACUAAGCUUCGAGAUCAGUGUAAAGGAACACCGUGUAAUAGAUAUGAGUGCCCAGCAGGGUGUCUAGAUGCUACAGGGAAAGUAGUUGGGACGGUAUACUAUGAAAUGCAAUCCAGUGUGUGCAGAGCUGGGCUACAUGCUGGUGUCAUAGAUAAUGACGGAGGAUGGAUGGAUGUAACAAGACAAGGCAGAAAGGACUUCUUCAUCAAAUCCAACAAGAACGGAGUCCAGUCUCUUGGAAAAUAUCUGAGUGCCAAUUCCUUCACCGUUUCCAGAGUAGCAGUCAAAGCCAUUACAUGUGAAGCCACAGUUGCACAGAUGUGUUCAUACCAAAAGCCUGUAAAACAUUGUCCAAGGUUAUACUGCCCGAGAAACUGUUUAGAAGAGAAUCCUCACAUAUCCAGAGUAAUCGGCACCAGAAUAUACUCUGAUAAGUCCAGUAUAUGCCGAGCAGCUGUCCACGCUGGAGUCAUCAGGAAUGAUGUGGGCGGUUACAUCGAUGUGAUGCCAGUGGACAAACGAAAACACUAUAUUGCUUCAUACCAAAAUGGCAUUUUUUCAGAGAGCCUUCAAAACCCUCCUGGAGGGAAGGCGUUCCGGGUAUUCGCUGUGAUUUGAGUGCCCCAGAGGGCGGCUUCAGCAAACAGAGAGCGCACUUGGGCUGUUGAAUAGGUGGUAAUCAAGCCCUGUUGUCAAACUCAAUGACUGAAAUGUUUCUGGCUUUGCUACACUCCAGAGGUUAGAGGUCGUCUCCAUGACAGUGUAAACCUGGCAACGAAAACUUGACACAUACACAAUGAGAAACUGUCAGUACUCACUCGCAUUGAGUUCUCAAUUUGUCAUCUUUAGCAGGAAAUUGUAUUAACUGUAAAUAUCUCUGAAUGUCUGUUGUAAAUUUUGUAAAUAGCAUUACACUUGUUUUGUCUUUGUGCCAUUACCUUGCCCUUUUAACAAAUAGCUGUGUAUGAAUACUGAUUAUACAUAUCCUCUGAUAUAACAUUAUAAUGGCACUUAUGGAUGAAUAUCAUUUUUAUUGUAUUAAGUCUGGCACAUUUUUACUGGUGCUCUGGAGAGGUUUGUCAUAUUGUACUUUUUUAAUGAUUGGGGAACAAAUUGUAAUGCAUUUAUUUUUGUAUGAUUAUGCUUAUGUCGAUAUGAUUUAUAAAGUAUGCUGCUAUAUGUUUUUUCUUUUGUAUUAUUAUUGUAAUUGACAGUGUGAUGGCUUUUGUGUCUUUGGUUAUUUUUCCAGAUAAUGUGGUUUAGUUAAAACUCCCUGCAGGUCGGGAAGUGCCCUCAUCCCUCAGAGUUGUCAUUCUCUAAACAAAACCAUAUGUGCCAGACUUCAUCAUGCGUUGCAUUUUAACUGGAUGUUGCUACCCCAAAUAUGCUUUCAGGUCAUAUCCAUUCAUUUCCCUUCGACAUUGAUGAAGAGAAGAAGUACUAUGCAACACAUUUAUUUCAUAAAGUAUGUAGAGAAAUGGCGAUUGUUAAUCAACAGAUAUAUUUGCUCAUAUUUUUAACAGCUCUCAGCUUUAAGAUGCAGUCAAUAUAAAGGGCAAUUCAUUGUAUUUUUGUCACUGUUUCUCUGUGCAUUACAUAUAUUUUCCUACCUCAGGUUGUUAGGAAAAGUCAAUUUUGCAAUAAAAUAUUAC